AUGAUGGAAACACUGCAGGUCCUCCGAGGUUCACUGCUGCUGCUGCUGCUGGUUGCAGGUGUUUGCAUUGAUGGGUACAAACCGGUCAUCAUCAUCCACGGACUGUUUGAUGGACCAAAACAGUUCCAAACAUUGUCUCAGUACAUCAGAAAGGACAACUCUUACAAUACUCUGCAGCUUUUUAAUUCUUUUCUGUUGUUUUUAAAUUCACAGGCGCAUCCAGGGACUGAAGUGACCACGAUCGACAUCUAUGACGACAAGGCCAGUGUAGCACCACUGUGGGUGCAGAUCGAAGGCUUCAGUGAUAAAUUAACCUCCAUCAUGAAUAAGUCUCCCAAUGGCGUCCAUCUUUUGUGCUUCUCACAAGGUGGUGUAAUUUGUCGAGCUCUUCUCUCCACUAUUCCAAACCACAACGUGCACACAUUCAUUGCACUGUCAUCCCCACUGGCUGGACAAUAUGGAGAAACAGAAUACCUGAGUCAGGAAUUUGGUGCUAGUGUUAAGACGGAAGUGCAUCCUUUGUGCUACAACAAACUUGGACAGUUAUUAUCUAUUUGCAACUACUGGAAGGACCCUCACCAUAUGUCUGACUACCUGCAGCACAACAACUUUCUGCCACUGCUUGAUGGUGAAAAACCUCACAAGGACAUGGAAGCAUGGAGGGAAAACUUCCUGCGCAUCAAGAAGCUGGUGCUGAUUGGAGGACCAGACGAUGGCGUCAUCACACCGUGGCAGUCCAGCCACUUUGGAUUCUAUGACAGCAAUGAAAAUGUUGUUGAAAUGAGAGACCAGGAGUUUUACAAGAAGGAUAAUUUUGGGCUGAAGACGUUGGACGAUCAUGGCGACGUGUCGGUUUGUGUUCGCACUGGUGUGAAGCACACAGAAUGGCACUCUGACUACAAGGUGUUCAGCAGCUGCAUUGAGAAGUGGCUCAUAUGAAAACCAGGUAUUGAUAUGAGGUAGAAUCCUACUGAGGAUCAAUACUGCUUACAGAUGCUUUUAUGCUUAAUGCAAAAGAAGAAAAGAACAAUCAUUUUAACUGCUGCUUUUAUGAUGCUCAUGAUCCCCACCAUGACGGUCACUUCACUCAUUAGAGUAAAACUUUGCUAAUUUUACUGAUAGCUCAUGCUAGUCGGCAGAUGGCCAUGAUCAUAGUACACAAACAAGAUUAAUUCUACUAACUUUGAUGCGCACAGCAUCGUCAAGUCAAUAUUUUAACUUAUCACAUAACUAUUGACUUGCAAAACAAAGCAGGUCUCUUAAAAUUAAGUUUUUUUCAGUGUAAAUGAAUCAUUUUAGACAUUUGUUUUUGAGUCUGACUGGAAAAAAAAACACAGGAAGAAAAAUUUUCCCUGAAUCUCUACACUGAGUGAUUGUAAAGUUAGAAUGACCCACAGACCUACAAGAAACAAUAAUGGCAAAUACAGCAGGUUGAAUUAACCAGAAUUAUCCUUUAACUAACAGGGUGAACAAAGCUAAACAUCAGCAUUUUAGCCAGGGCUCCAGAUUGCAACCAAAACAGUCACACAUGCUACCUUUUUUCAAAAUUUAAACCUCUGGUGGUUGCAUUUAUGUGAGUGUAUUGGCACCAUUAGCCUGAAUGAUGGCAGCUGCCACAUUAGCCAUUGUGGUUGAAAACAGUCCUUUCUCGGUCCAACUGAGAAAGUUGGGAGCAUCGAAAAGUUAAUUUAGAAAGCAACAGCAAGAAAUAAGCUCUCACAGUGUUUCUGUAUUUACUCUCAUUGCCAGAAGGGGGAGACAAAAAUUCCACACUGCUGAUUUAAAUGUAUCUAUAUUAUUUAUCCCUUUUUGAAAUCAUGAAACAUGUUUAGUUUCCUGUAGCAUGUCUAGUUCAUUCGAAGCAGAUAUUAGCUUGAAUACAGCCCUGUUUGUUUUUGCUUUCUUCUGAACUAAUUAAGUAUCUUUCAAAAACAAAUGUUCGUAGAAACAUCCUCAAAUAUUAGUGCAGUAGUCUGAGGUGACUGUGAGCCAUGCAUGAGGGUGAUGGUCGAUCUGUCGCUGCUCUCUGCUGGACGUUUGAGGUAUUGUCUUUGAAUUCAAACUUGCACGCUGCCACAGCAAAUGCAACAUGACGCACACUGUAUUUUAUGUGUAUUAAAGGCUUUUGGCAGAAUUUCAGUAAGUUGGUUGAAGUGUGUUUUU